AUGGAUGGAAAAAGUAAUUCCAACUGGAUUGUUAAGGAUGAUGAAACAAAUUCAAUUUUUAAUGGAUUUAUUGCAGAAAAAUCAUUGUGUUCAGAUUUUUCUUCAUUAAAAAUGAAAAAUGAUGAUGAUCAAGAAGAGUCAUCCUCAGAUCUCACUAAUCAUCUUCCUUUAAAGAGUGGAUUGUCUAUGUUUUUUCAAGGGAAGGCAAAGUCUUUUGGUUCUUUAGCAAGGGUAAAAAACAUAGAAGAUCUUUCUAAGAAAGAGAAACCAAAUAAAGUGAAAUCAUGCAAGAAAUUUGGUUUGAGCAUUUCAAAGGCAACCAUAGCAAAGAAAUCUUCAAAAGGAUUAUGUUCUAGAAAAAGGAGUUUAUUUUGA